AUGUCCAACGACCCAAUUGUAGUUACAACAGAGCACGGAGCCUCUGAUAAAGCCCCUGAGGCAGAGGUGGUCACAGAGAAUGUGGCUUCACCCACAGCGGAAGCUCCUACAACUGCCCCAGAAGCUACUCCAGGGGCGGCUCCAGAGAUCCCUGCUACAACAACAGUCGACGCCAAAGUCAAAGAAUUAGAAGAGGCUCUCGAAGAAGAGAGGGCGUAUCGCGGCCAGGCUGAGGCCGAUCUCGAAAAGAAGAGUAACGAGUCUGCAGACCUGCGCAAGCGGUGGCGAGAAGCGGCUGGCGAGCUGGACAGGUAUCUUCGGCAGAACCAGGGAUUCAAUCAAUUGACGGACCAGGAGCUCAUCCAGAAAGUCAGUCAAUUGCGCUUUGAAAUCCGCAAUUUUACCAUCCAGUAUUUUGAGGAUCAAAUCAAGGACGUCAACAUCAAUGAGGAGCUAUUGGAGUAUCUCAACAAGUACUUGAACCUCCCAGAUGGUACUUACGAGACAUACUUGAAGACACCGGAAAUCAGGUCUGCAGCGCUCAGGGCGUUCUUCUGGGGAUUCCUAAAGAGCGAGGUCUUCUGGCAGUAUCGUUGGGCCCCAGUGAAAGCUUCAGACUGUGUCUUUUACAUGUCGGAUUUUAUUAAGAAGUCGUUGGGCAUUGAGGCCAACUCAAAAGACGCACCCGAUGCCAGCCGCAAGUUUCACAUGUGGAGGGCCAACACCAGCUCUCUGCUGCUUGAGGCCACCAACCAACAUCCCAAAGAGGCAGCCAGUAACGUGCAGAAGGUUUGUGCUGACCACGCCAAGGAAAUGGUCACGUUUAUUUCUCCUCUGUCUUCGUCCAAACCCGACGCAAUCGAGAAGCAGCUCGUGCGCCUCAUCAACCAAAGCUUGGAGAUCGACAAGGAGAUCAGCAAGCAGGUAGCAUUCAUUACCUGGAAGUUUAUCGACAAAGGCUCGUCGCUCGUCUUUGAUCCCGAGACCAUGGAGCUGGAGCCGGGCAAGAAGAAGGCCGAUGAGAAGAGCACCAUUGAACUGGUUCUUGCCCCCGGUUUAGUCAAGUCUGGCAAGUCGUCUGGGGACGGUUUUGAUGUCGAGCUCAGGCUGCUCAAGCCAGAGGUUGCCUGCGCUGCUACUUAG